AAAAAUACUUCGACGGCAGCCCAGUUUUGCGUGCGCGGCAUUCGGUACGCACGCACAGCAACAUUCAAGCUAGAACGCUGCCAAAUGUGGGCCGCUCUGAAGGGAGAUGCAGCCAGCAGUGGUCCAGACAGCACUGCUGGACCACCGCCGCCACCAGCCCUGGCCGCACCGCCACCCUCCCCAGCAGCCACAGCCGUGAGGGAAGCGGAGCGGCGCGCCAGCGACCUGGAGAAAGAAAUGGCGGACGCCGAGGCCGAGAUAUUCGGAGGCGCCGACACGCCACUCAAUCUCGGAGAGGGCGGAGCCGUCCUGCCUCCGGCAGACACGCCCGCAGAAGAGCCGAAGCCGAAAAUUUCGUCUCAGGAGGCGCUGGCGAAGGCGCGAACCGAGACCGAACGCAAGGAGCGGCAAAUCAAGCAGAACCUCUCGUCGCAGCGGGAACGCGUGAAGAAGGAGGCUGCUCGGUUAGCCUUGUUCGAGGGCGAGCUCGCGAAACUGAAGGAAAAGGAAGCCGCGGACGUGGCUGAUCUGCGGUAUCAACUCGAGGAAGCGGACCGAGAUUUGGUAUGGCUUGAGCGAGACUUCAAGACCAAGGAAGCGGCGUACGUCAAGGCUAAGGAGGCGUUCGAGACGGCGGCAGGCCGUAAGAGAGAGAUAAAAGAAUCGAUGACGCUGCUCGUGCUCAGCUCGGAGCGGCGCAAAGAAGAAAAACUGAAUGAGCUCAUGGCGAAGAUGUCAAGCGACGACGCGUGAGGAGCGAGGGUGGGUAAGUGUGUG